AUGUACAAGAAGCAUGAGGCAUCCUUCUGGACCGCGGAGGAGAUUGACCUCGCGCAGGACAACAAGGACUGGGUGACAUUGACAGAAGGCGAGCAGCACUUCGUGAAACAUGUCCUGGCCUUCUUUGCAGCGUCUGACGGCAUCGUCCUUGAGAAUCUCGGCGCGCAGUUCGCUUCGGAGGUGCAGAUUCCUGAGGCCAGGGCGUUCUAUGGCUUCCAGAUCGCCAUGGAGAACAUCCACUCAGAGACAUACUCGCUCCUCAUUGAGCAGUACAUCAAGGACCCGGCGGAGAAGGACGGGCUCUUCGAUGCCAUCCACACGAUGCCGGCAGUUCAGCAGAAGGCUCUCUGGGCCGUGCAGUGGAUGAACCGCGAAAGCAGCUUCACCGAGAGGCUGGUGGCCUUCGCCGCCGUGGAGGGCAUCCUCUUCAGCGGCUCCUUCUGCGCGCUCUUCUGGCUGAAGAAGCGGGGCCUGAUGCCAGGGCUGACCUUCUCCAAUGAGCUCAUCUCGCGCGACGAGGGCCUCCAUGCGGACUUCGCAUGCCUGCUCUACGGCAUGCUGGAGCACAAGCUGCCGGAGGACGUCGUGCAUGAGAUCAUCCGGGGAGCUGUGGAGGUGGAGCGCGAGUUCAUAUGUGGGGCCCUCUCUUGCGAUCUGAUCGGCAUGAACAAGGACCUCAUGACUCAGUACAUCGAGUUCGUCGCGGAUCGCCUGCUGACUGCCCUUGGGCAUAGCAAGAUCUUCAACUCUUCGAAUCCCUUCGACUGGAUGGAGAUGAUCUCGCUACAGGGCAAGACCAACUUCUUUGAGAAGCGCGUUGGGGAGUAUCAGAAGGCGGGCGUGAUGGCCAGCCAAUCGGAUCCGUUGACAGCCUUCGCGCUGGACAAGGACUUCUGA